AUGGAGGAGAGUGUAAAUCACCGGAGCUCUGUGAAGUUCUCCUGCCCAAUCUGCCUGGACCUACUGAGGGAUCCGGUGACUAUUCCCUGUGGACACAGCUACUGCAUGGACUGUAUUAAGACCUGCUGGGAUGAAAAGUACAAGAGAAAAGUUCAGCGCUGCCCUCAGUGCAGGGAAAUCUUCACACCGAAACCUGUCCUGAUGAAAAACAUCAUGUUAGCAGACUUAGUGGAGGACAUGAAGAAGAUUGGGCUCCAAGCUGCUUCUGCUGAUCUCUGCUACGCUGGAGCUGAAGAUUUGGCCUGUGACGUCUGCAGCGGGAAGAAGCUGAAAGCCAUCAAGUCCUGUCUGGUGAAAAUAACAUCCUGCCUGCAGCUGACCUUCACCUGA